AUGUGCCUCUCAUCAAACACCUCUGAUUCCCAAUGGCACGCCUUCCUGCACGGCCUCCCCAAAUGCGAACACCACGUCCACCUCGAAGGCUGCCUUACGCCAUCUCUGAUCUUCCACCUCGCGACCAAAAACAAUAUCACUUUGCCCGACCCAGUCAUUAAUUCUGCGUACGCCUCCAUCGAAACCCUAACAGUCCGCUAUGGCAGCUUCACCUCGCUCGACGACUUCCUCGCCUUCUACUUCAUCGGCAUGGCCGUCCUCAAAGACAAAAGCGAUUUUGAGGAACUUGCAUGGGCGUACUUCCAGAGGGCGCAUGAAGACGGUGUUCACCAUGCAGAGGUCUUCUUUGACCCGCAGGUGCAUAUGGAGCGCGGCGUGGAGUACCGCGUUAUUGUCGAUGGAUAUGUUGCCGGAUGUAAGAGGGCUGAACGGGAGUUAGGGGUGACUACGCGCCUGAUUAUGUGCUUUUUGAAGCACUUGCCGUUGGAAUCUGCGGCAGACCUUUACACUACGGCGUUGGGGGAGGGGCAUCUUGAUGAUAUGCAUAAUGGGGUGAUUCAUGGUCUCGGGUCUUCGUCGAGUGAGGUUGGACCGCCUAAGGAUCUGUUCAGGCCAAUAUAUGCCUCUGCUGCGGAGCGCGGGGUGAGAUUAACGGCACAUGCUGGGGAGGAGGGGGAUAGCUCAUAUAUUGCUGCAGCACUGGAGAUGGGUGCUACGCGAAUUGACCAUGGGAUUCGACUUGUUGAGGAUGUCGAGCUCAUGGAGAGAGUUGCGAGAGAGAAAGUGUUGUUGACAGUCUGUCCGGUGUCGAAUGUGCAGUUGAAAUGUGUGAGCUCUGUGUCGGAGGUGCCUAUUCGGGCAUUUCUUGAUGCUGGCGUGAGGUUUAGUAUUAACAGCGACGAUCCGGCGUACUUCGGGGCAUAUGUGCUGGAGUGCUACUGUGCGGUGCAGGAGGCAUUUGGGUUGAGUGUGGGUGAAUGGAGGGUCAUUGCAGAGAAUGGGGUCCACGGAAGUUGGAUUGAAGAGGAAAGAAAGGGAGAGUUGUUAACGAAGAUUGAAGAGCAUGUUAGCAGGUUUGAGGGGCUUCUUGUAUAG